AUGGCCGACAAGGAGGCGUCAGUCUACAUCGUCGACCUCGGCGCAAACAUGGCCGACUGCCACAACGGCCGCGCCGAGUCGGAUCUCGACUGGAGCAUGCGCUACGUCUGGGACAAGAUCUCCACCACCGUCGCCGCCUCGCGUAAGACCUGGACCGUCGGUGUCGUGGGUCUGAAGACGGACGAGACACGCAGCGCCAUGCAAGAUGACGAAGGUUACGAGAACAUAUCUGUCCUGCAGGAAUUGGGCCCCAUGACCAUGUCCUCUCUCAGGGAACUCAAGGAGGAGAUCAAGACGAGCGACACAGACAACGGCGACGCGAUGUCGGCGGUGGUGGUCGCCAUCGACAUGAUUCAGACCUUUACCAAGAAGCUCAAGUAUAAGCGCCGGGUGUACCUCAUCACGGAUGGGCUCGCUCCGAUUGAUGAGGACGAUAUCGAUGCCAUUGCGAAGAAGAUGAACGGCGACGGUAUUGAGUUGAUUGUGCUGGGCGUUGACUUUGACGAUGCAGAGUAUGGCUUUAAGGAGGAGGACAAACCUUCUGUCAAGAGGAAAAACGAGGAAAUCCUCAAAGACCUCGUCUCAAAAUGCGACAAUGGCCAAUUCGCGACAAUUGCUGAAGCCAUCGACGAGCUCGACACCCCACGCCUCAAGGCUACCCGUCCGUACAAGUGCUACGACGGGCCCCUGACCCUCGGCCACGCCGAUCCGCCGCCUGAGCUCAAGAUCCCUCCGACCCCAGUCAUCAUCAAUGUCGAGCGCUACUUCAAGACCAAGCUCGCGCGGGCGCCCACCGCCAGCACGGUUGUCGUUUCGGCCGACCCCUCGUCGCAAUCGCAGUCGACGCACACCAUGGAACCCGAGCCCAUGGAGGGCGUCGAGUCGGCAGCGGGCUUCGCGGCUGUGAGGUCCGCGAGGACGUAUAAGGUCAACGACCCCUCCGCGCCUGGCGGGAAGAAGGACGUUGAGUUUGAUGCUCUUGCUAAGGGCUACGAGUACGGUCGCACGGCGGUGGCUAUCAGUGAGUCGGAGUGGAACGUGACCAAGCUCGAGACGGUGAAGACUUUCACCAUCAUCGGAUUCAUACCAUGCGAAAAGUAUGAACCAUUCCUCAACAUGGGCGAGACCUGCGUAACAGUAGGCCGCAAGUGGGACGAAAAGUCACAACUCGCCCUCUCGUCCCUGAUUCACGCCCUUUACGAACUCGAGUCCUACGCAGUCGCCCGUAUCGUCCUGAAAGAGAAGAAGGAUCCUCUGCUCGUCCUCCUCGCACCACGUAUCGAGCCCGACAUGGAGUGCCUCUACGACGUGCCUCUCCCUUUCGCCGAGGACGUCCGGGGUUACCAGUUCCCGCCCCUCGACCGCGUCAUCACCGUCAGCGGUCAAAAGAUCACCACAAACCACCGUCUUCUCCCCAGCGACGAGCUUACGGACGCCAUGAGCGAUUACGUCGAUGCAAUGGACCUUGGUACCUUUGGCAACGAUGACGAGGGAAACCCCGCCGAAUACGCAGCGAUCGAGGACACCUACAACCCAAUCAUCCACAGACUCAACCAGGCAGUUCGCCAACGCGCCGUGAACCCCGAGGGCCAAAUCGACCCGGUACCGCCCAUCCUCGUCCGCUACGCAGCGCCCCCCGAAGCCCUCGCCCAGAAAUCCGCCUCCGAGAUUGAAGCCCUCAUCUCGGCGGCGGACGUCAAGAAGGUGCCCCCCAAGGCGAAGGGCAAGCGCAACCGCGAGACGAUGAAGCCCCUCUCGGGCCUCGACGUCGACGCCCUCCUCGGGACAGCGCCCAAGCGCGCCAAGAUCUCCCCCGAGAACGCCGUCCCCGAGUUCAAGCGCGCCCUCGCCACCGCCGAGGAGGUCGCUGAGAUCAAGGACGCUGCGUCGCAGAUGGGCGCUAUCGUGCGCUCGCUCGUCACGGACAGCUUCGGGGACGCGAACUACGCGCGCGCCGCGGAAAACCUGGGCGUCGUGCGCGAGGGGCUCGUCGACCUAGAGGAGCCCGGUAUCUACAACGACUUCGUGAGGGAUCUGAAGAAGAAGAUGCUCUCUGGGGAACUGGGCGGAGACCGGAGGGAGAUGUGGUGGAAGAUACGGACGGCGAGGCUGGGCUUGAUCGACCAAGCCACUUCAGAGGUGUCGAGCGUCACUGCCGAAGAAGCAGAUGAGUUUUUAAAGUCAAAACAAUGA